CGUAGUGCCGCCGCCACCGCCAGUCGCGUUGCGACCCGCGCCAUCGUCGCACUCCGCUCGCGUCCCUCUCGUGACGACCUAUGAUAUCAUUCAUGCUAAUCUCCGCCCGUUGAUUUUCCUGCCAAGUGACCGCAGUGAGACAGCCGCGAUAUCGCGAGUGCCGAAUGUUCGUGGACGUCACGCCGGUGUACUUUUCCAUAGGAGCGUGCGUGCAAAACCAGUUCUGAGAGGACGGUGCCUUCGGAUGAGAUCUCCGACCGAACGUUGUGACCUGUGGCCUGAGAUGCUGCGCCCGUGACCGUCUUACGACAGUGCCACGAAACCUCGUCCAAUGAUCUCGGCGAGCCUCCCCGGCGAGGCGCUGGUCCAGCUGGGGCAGCUGCAACUCAGCCACUUGUACCCGCCGUCGAACAUGACGCCGGAGUUCCUCGCGCCGCCGCCGCGGCCCUACCCACGGUACCCACCGCGGCGCCCGCGAGACCCCAUGCCCGCGCCGCCAGCACCCUCCUUCGCGCCGGUGCCCAACGCAUAUGCACCCUUCCUGCCGCACCCAGCGAGCUACGCGUCCUACCUGUACCGGGCGCGCGCCCCGCAACCGUCUGCGUACCCUAUCCGCCCGCGGCCCACGUCGGGCUUCGUGCCGCCGCCACCAGCGCCGCAUUCGCCGCAUUCUCCGCCGGUGACGGCAGCGGCGCCCCAACCUCCUCCACGAGAGGAACCCCCAACGUCGCCAGAAAGAGGCGCGCCAGCUCCUUACUUCUGUCGAGGAGCUCUAAUACGAUUAGAAGACGGUACGUUCCGACGCGUAGAAGAGAUGCGCACAGAAGACUUCGUGAUGAGCGCAGAAAGAAGUGGGGACCUCGCGCUCACUCAGUGCACGCUUCUACGGCUCGACGAGCGCGGAGACCGACUCGCUCUCACCCUUACAUAUGAUAGAAACCGCUCACAGGUGGAGUUAGAAUCGACAGUGGAACACCCGUUCUUCGUCUACGGCAGAGGUUGGGCGUCCUGUAAACCGGAGCGCACGCUCGCUCGGUAUGGACUGCACGUACAAAGACUGCAGGUCGGGGAUGUUUGCGUAUCAUUGGUGGCGCGUAAGCACACGACACCAACGACAUCCGUCGCUCCCAGUCUCGCGCCUGCACCGCCACAAACACAUCCGGAGAACCUUAGUGUGAAAGAGGACGCUCGUAAACGACGCUGGUCGGCGUCUGAUGUGUUCGAGGAGGGACCGCCUCUGAAGAAACGUUGAACGACUCGGUCCGACACCGCUAUUAAGGAAACAGACACGUUCGUCUACCGCUGAGUCGCGUUUUGUCUCGAUCUUGCAUCUGGUUGUUAUAUCGACGCUUUUAAUGCACUACCUCUUUUUUGUUGAGAAAAAAAAACUUUUUUAAAUGUUUCGAUAGAUUUAAAUUACACUGAUAUUAUAAAUGUGGGAGUUCCUAUAGAUGUUCGGUAGUAUGGAUUUGAAUAGGUAUCAACCAGCAUACAAGCUAUUGCCAAUUUUAGUCAGGCUCAGUCGCUGAAUCGUGCUCGGUGCUAUGCUGACAAACAAACAUACCUUUCGCAUUUACAAUAUUAGUAUGGAUAAAGUGCACUACGUGCAGAGAAAUAUAUUCUAAAUUAACUAUAAACUCUUAACUAUUAACUAUACAGUAACAAAAAUAAGGUAUUGCAUUAACACUGAAGAUUAUUCUUAUAUACUGAAACGAGACUCUGAACUACCGUAAAAUGUACCGUACCUACUGGACAAAUCGCCCAGUGAUUUGAUAGGAAAGAAAAAAAAAAGGAAAAUGUUAAUUCCUUUCUAUUUUUAGUAAUUUAAUGAUAGUAUGUUCGUACGUGUGGUUCAUAGUGGUAAUGUAAAGUUUGCAGCGGUCGGCAAUCCACAACGUACGCUUAAUAUUCUAUUUGAAAACUAGGUGCUUUUUUCUGUCGGGUGCUUCUUAUACGCGUUUGUGUACAAUGUUGUAAAUAUGUGACUUUCAAAUAUGUACAGUGGAACACUGUAUAAUGUGUCUCAAAGUUGUUGUGCACUACUUUUAAUGUAACUGGCAACAUUCCUCUUUUGUUUUUUUUUUUAAAUACACAUCAAAUAAUGCGACGGGAUCUUAAUACAUCACUUGAGCAAGUCGUGUAGGUUCACCGAGGUUGUCAAAAAUUCAGAAUUUUUGACAUGAACCUUGUCUCUUAAAUCUUUUCGAUUGCGGUGACUUGUUCUUAGGCAGUAACAUAGAUAAACGAAAAAUAUAGUUACAAUCUUUUUAAAUGCAGAUCAUUAGCCCUCGUUCGAAGCAAAUUCCAAUAAAAAGCUGGAAUUAAACAAUUUACGUAUUGUUUACUUCAAACGUAACGUAAAUAGAAUACACAGGAUUUAUUUAGACAGGCGAUAAAAGCGUUGAAGUGCUUUUAUAUUGCAGUAUUGGAUUUCGUACACUCGGCUUUAAAGCAUUGAAUUGAAUAACUCUUUCAAAGUUUUUAAAGUGUUUAAUGAUUUCCGUACUUACAUUUCGAUCAUGGGCGUAUGCAAAAGUUAGGUACCUAUAUAUGCUGCCAGUUACAGCUUUUGUAGUAAAAUCGUAUACUUUACGCGACUCUAAUAAAAAAAACUCUCGAUUAUGCUCAAUAGGUGCUAAUAUUGCUAUAAAAUACCUACACCAAAGCGUAGUGUGGGGGAAAACUUUCACUAGUUUCUUUCCGUUCAAUUUAUAAUUAAGUAUAGUAAACGUAUACUAUACUUAAUUAUAAAUUGAACUUGUCCAACCAAAGUUAAACUGUAUGAUUAAACCAGAAACCGGACAGCCCGUAAUUAUUUAAAUUAAAAAUACAUUCGCUUCAUAAUGCAGAAUCGUUUCGUCGUUUUAGUGAGUUAAAAUAAUAAAUAUGAGCACAAAUUAAAAAAAACACAUUUACCAGAUCUUAAUGUAGGUUAGAUAUUGUGAUAACUAAUGAGAUUUAAAAUCUAACGUUAUGUAAAUGCAUGUUAAAAAAAAACAGUGGUUAACAAUGAAUGUUAGUUUCUUACAGUAGUGACGUGCUUAUAUAUCGACUGAUUCUAAUUUCGCGGACUUAGGAGUUACUGUUGCAGUCACGAAGUUAAGUUUCUUGUUCUUAUGGAAUUACUUAUCUAUUUUGACGAAAGGUUGGGAACUUGUUGGAAAAGUUACCGAAUCCGUUAACAGUUCAUGGUAAUAUUAUUACUCAAACUCAUUAAUACUAAACGCCACACGGAGUAUGCACUAAGCGGGAAAUAUUCACGAGGACGAGUUAUAAGAACUUGAGGAGAUUUUUCCAUUUUUUAAUAUCUUCCCGCUUUGUACAUCUCCUGUAUGCACGCCACUGCAGUCAAGGUAUAGAUGACGCCUCAUAUCAUCUUUCAAUAACCAGUAGGUAAUCCUAGUUUUGCGAUCAGCCUUAUUGUUAUUGUUCAAUAUUCCUUAAACUCUGAUUGUUUGACCGUGAAUACGGGCGUUUAACUUCGUGACGGCAACUGUAUUUUAAUGAACAGUCAUUGCUAAUUAUCGUUUCCAUGGUUGUGACUGCAGACAUAUCUAUAUGAUGCAUUCUCGUUGCCUAUUUCAUGAGCUGGUAGCAAUGCGCGAACGUUUUAAAAUACGCAUGGGUAAUACAGCUUUAAGAGUCAAACAUGUCUUACGGAAUUCACAUCGGAGAUUAACCCUUACUGGAUCGUCUGUAUACAACAUGUAAAUAGAAAACCGAAGUAGUACUUCACAGGAUUUAGAGGUACAUUAUGUACUGUCUGGGACUAUCUGUAAACCAAAAUACCUAUUAGUUUUUGGGUACGAGUCACGUCGCGUAGGCACUAUGCACGUGUCGCUCUUUUAUUCUUCAAUAGGGUUGUCAUAAGUAAUAACGCUUAGAAUGUUUUAAACUCGUUUGUAUGGAAAAAAAUAUGUUUCUUUUGAUUAAAUAGGUUACCAGGGUGUCUCCUUAUGAAAUACUAAUGCAUCCUUCAAUAUUAUUUCGUAAUUUUGUUACACGUUGUAUAUUGGUUUUGACUAUCUCAUAGUGAAUAUAGUUUUUCAAAUAAAUGUGUAUCGUUGGACAUCUAGGGUACCUACUCCUGAACGAAUUUAGUACCGUAUUUAACUUUUAAUUUUAACCUGCAUUUUGUCCCACAUAUGCCGACCGAAUCAGUGUAGUUACAGUUGAAUCCAAUAUGUUUGGACGCCUUGAUUUACGCGCAAGCUUACUUUAGGGCGGCCAUAAAGUUUUAAGAUACAAUACCAUAGAUAACUUUCGAUAAUUCUGUUUGCGUAAUUUUCUUGACACAUACCAACGUUGAAUCGGUAUCCGGUAUAGAUUCAUUUUUGUACUGAUAUAUUAUCGAUGUACCUGUACAUACUUUGCAUUACCCAUCCCUAUUUUAAAGAGAAAUGACGUAUUAUGCAAUACUAAACUCCGAAAUAUUGUGUGGUUGUCAAAUGUAAUAUAUUAACUAGUACCAAUAGUUUACAUUAAGAGGUAAAACGCUCUUGUAUAUCUUAUAAGCGCUAUUGGAGUUGUAUUAAUACAGCUCUCAUAGCAUUUUAAGUUUGUAUCUUCGCGCUAGUUGAUAAAUAUAUUUAUUACACGCGGGCAAUAAGUAAUUUUCCAAUCAAUUAAUACCGAGUUUUCGUCCCGAAUAAUGCACGUAAAUUUUUGAUUUUUAGCAUAAAAAUUAUAUAUCAAGUAUAACAUUAUUGAUGACUUAACGUAACCGGCAAAAACUAAUUUUAAGUUAUACUUUGAACAUUUUAGCAAACAUUUUUGUUGUUAAAUUGAAUUUUUAUAUAAUUAAAUUGAAAUUUAACCUAAAAUACUCAAUUUCAGUUCAAUACGCAUUUAUCUGUAAAAUGAAUCUUUUCCUGUUACGCUUAGUCGGCGGUAAUGAUUUGAUUUAAUUGUCCAUAUAACAUUUUAUCAAGUCAUUACCGCUGACUUACAGAAGUCUUUGAAAUAGCAUCGAUUUUAAAAGAGAUUUUGUAUAUUUUAUACGCUUAUCGAGCUAGAAAAACUGCCUAUUUUUCAAUUAUCCUGGCAUGAUGUUUCAGUAGAUAAACCUAUAAGAAUCUAGACUUUAUAUAUUUACUAUCUGUAAGUACCCCUAACAACUAUACACAAGUGUCAAAAAAAAAUCAUCCUAUUAGAAUGAAAAGAUAAUAAGAUAUAAUUUUUCUGCUAAAGAUCAAACGUCCGCUUCGAUAUCCGGGAACGAAAGUUAGUAUAAAUACAUUAGGAUAUUAUGAUUAUUCAAUAUGUAAUCAGUGUUUAACUCCUUGGUUUUGUAAUUAUAGAGAUUUCGACGACUGUAGGUUCUCUGCUGAACUAAUACUUCAGACAAAUAAUUAAAUCAUGUAAUAUAAAUUUUAUUCAUACAAACUACUGGUGAUCGCACACUGUUGCAAAGCCGAAGUGUAUUUUUCAUCGAAAGAAGGUCCAAGUGAUGUCAUCCUCAGCAUUAUUGUUAGCUGGACCUAAGCAGCCGUAUCUCCGAAUAAAAGUAAACGGCAGAUGAUUAUAACGUUAAUUAUUUUACAUCUUAGACUAAACUACAUAUAGAUUCAUCUCGCAGCAUUAUUCAAAUUAGCUUAUCACAGACCCUUCUGAAGCGUUAACACAUAUUUUUAAAGAUACAUUUCAUAGUUUCACUUAAAAUAAAUUAGAGCCUAGUUAGAGCAAUCAAAUGCGAACUUUUUCUUAAUUUAUGAGCUCCAAACUGAUACUACUACGUCAUCUUAAGAUUUUCCAAGAAAAUAAUAUUAAGUAUUAAAAACUUUAAUGCUGAAGAUACUCGCUUUACUCGCUCAAUGUACUGCUACUGACAGAUUUUCCGUUUUGUGCGGCUAUUAUGCCGCUUGCGGCUUUUGGUACAAUCUGCGAUCAACCUUAUAUAUAUUGUAUAAAGAAAUGUCUAAUGGUCAUGGUUUCUAGACGCCAUCGCUAUUGGUUUUUUGACGUCCAUGUGUGAUACACAUAACUUUUCUAUGAGAAGAUGUAUACAUAAUAAAAACACCAUCUGUGAUAUUUUGUAGUUAUUGGUCAGAGUAGGUAUGAAGUAUUGCUUGAUUAAAAAAAAGAAAUAUAUAUGUUUUAGGAUAAUAAGUGCGUUAUUGGUAAGAGAAGUGUAUAGUUAUUGUAUACUCGAAGGUAAUGCACAGAUUAUAUAACACUUAAACAAAACAAGUAGUCUGUGAUUGAUAUACAUAUAUACGUUAUUGAUGAAAUAACGACAAACGCAUGGCCAUAUCACUAUCAAAUUGAUUUUAUAUAUUAAGUGAAGCAUAGUAACGUUUUUAACAAACAUAUUUGUGUUAUAUGUAAUUUAAUUUUUACUUUGCAUAAUACAUGAAUUGUUUAUUUCAAACUUCAACAGACAACAGCAGACCUGGCACUGAAAUUGUGAUAGUCGCUUGUGUUAUUAUUGGCUGAAAUUAUGGUGUUGCCUUCAAAUUGUUAAUUUCAGCAAAUAAAAAAAUAUUGCGGUCAUCACAAACAGUUCCAGGCUUACUAACCCCCAGUGCCUUUAAAACUAAUUUUCAUACUAAAAACUUCACAGAGGCGAUAACGAAAAUCUGUCAUUUUAUAAAGACGUCAAAACGUCAUAAAAUGACAAUUUCACACAAAUUUGUCAUGUAACUAUAAAGCUGCUGUCACGUUUUUACCUUGAAAACUAGAGACUCUGGUUAUACUCUUAAUUACCUAAAUCGAUGAUUUUCCAAUUAAAUUAAGAUUUAUCCUUUGUAACAAACUAUGUAAAAUUUAAAGUAGUUUUAUAAAUGGAAUACAAACGCUCAAAUAAGUCUAGCGUAACAUGUACAUGUCCGACUCGUUUCGAACACGUCCAGGUUCCUUAAUUAAAUUGGAAUUAAACUGAGUAGUAAUGUGCACUUUAUACAUGCGUAAAUGCACUGCCUCCCGUACCUUACCUAACUCGUAUUGGGGGAUAUUAUAUAGUGUGAUUAAAACUUUAUGACUUCCGUGCUGUCGCGUUGCUCAACGCAGAAUCGCAGACUAUCAGCGUAACGUUACAAUUAACUGCGUCCGCGAAGCUACACUCGAGAUGACUUAAAGUUUAAAUCGGACUGUAUGUAUCAUCUAUUUUUAUUUACUAAGCUGACGAUGAUUGUCUGCUUACCUAGUAAAUAAUUAGUGGAAUACUCUGGACGGGUCGGAUACACGCCAACCGAAUCACACGUGAGAAUCUGACUUAUUUGUGAAAGCUAACAUAGUUCUCAAGUCAGUAUUGUAAUGCGACUUGGCAAACCCUCCCCGCAAUGCAUCGAUGCAGCCAAAUGAAAAAAAACACUCGCAUGUAAAUGAAUACGUGUAACACUAGUGAAAGUUUCAUUGUACCGUAAAAUGUGACGCGCUUGUUAAUUGUAUGUAAAAUGUUAUCCGACCAUGUUAGCGUAUGAACAUCGACGAUGGUGGAUGGUGUUUGUAAAAAAAAAAAAAGAAGUUAAUUUGUUGUAUAAUGUAUGUAAUAUUCUAGUUAUUAUCGUCUUUAUUAUUAUUUUUAAUUGUAAUGAAAGAUCUCAUUUUAUUAAUCGGUAUUUUCUAACAAGGCGCUUUCAUUAGAUCAUGACUAAGCCUACCUCACAAACUUUAAGACUGGGUUCACAACAAUGUCGCGAUUCGCGCGGGGUAGAGGGCCAAGUGUGAGAUGUUCUACGUGCGUUUACUUAUUCGAUCGCAAAAGUAUACUAUGAUUUAGAUGGUACAGCGCCAUCUAGUGGAAAGCAAGCUUCCCAGCAUUUUAACUAGAUGGCGCUCUUUCGAUUCCAUUACAUAAGUAAACGUAGGUAGAAAAUCUCACAGUAGGCACUCUGUUCUCGCACGAAUUGCGUCAACAGAGCCAGUCGCUAUCAAGUCUAAGCAAGAUCUCAAUUUGAUGAAAAUAAACUUUUAAAAAGACUGGGACGCUUUACUGAAUGUUGUGGGAUAGUAGUUUCUUCGAAGAUAUUACUUAAAUUAUGAAUAUAGGGGCAUUUAUUUUGUAAACGGACGCGCAUCGCGGCGGUCCGGUUUGUUUCGACAGGAUGGACAAUCGUUUAGUACAAAAUUCAUUACUUACAUAAAGUAUUAUUUCCCAAAAUCCAAAUUCAAAAAAAUAAGUAUUAAUUUAUAAUUCCACUAAAGGGUGCUACGCAGUUACCGUGGCAGUUGUUAGAGCACAAUCGCGCUUGGUAUAAAUCGUGUCACGUAAAUAGAGUGCUGACGGUCGUUUUUGUUAUCCGUAUCGCAACAGAAUAGCAGUAGGAUUCUCUGAGAAUUUUAUGCGAACGUAUGCUUUUUGCCUAUUGUUAUAUAAUUUAUAACCAUUAUCCUCAGCUCAUUAGGUGUCUUACUACUGACCAAAGUCCCCCUUUCUCAUAAGAGUGCUUAGACCAAAGGGUAGAUUGGAGAAGCCUGGAACCCUUCACUAAUGCGGUAUAAUGGGCUUUACAAAUUACUAAUAAUAAUUACUAGUAAUAAUAACUGGGGUCAUCGGCGUAACGUGCUCUUAAAAGAAAAUCCUAACUUGGCACGACUUAGAACUCGUGAGCCAUAAUAGCAAAAUUAUCAAAUUACCAGACCAACAAAGCAGUCAUUUUAUGCCCAAAUUAAAUUUUUACAACAAUAAAUAACUAUAAUGCCGAAAGUAUAGAUGCAGAUAAACUACUGGGAAAAAAAUCUCAAUAGUUCAACGCUUUAACUAAAUGGUUGAUGUAGUUGGAAUGAGCGAAUUUUAUAAAUCUCUGCAGGUUAAUCAGCCCUUUAUUUACGUGACACAAACUAUACGAAACUUUCUUAAUAAUGUUUUAUAGAAGAUUUACAUAAUAUGUAUUGGCACAAUCAAUGUUCUUCCGCGCCUUUGAUAUAUUAUUUAGUGCGUCAAUUAAUUUAAAUGUACCCAUGCAGUUUAAUUGCUUGGGCACCCAUUAAUUAAGUCAUUCCUUUGCACUUAUUUAUGAAAAUUGUAUCUUAAUUUCCCUUCUUUGGGAAACAAGAUUAGAUCCAGUAUAAUUUGCUUAGCUAAAUUGUACCUUAUUAAUAACCGUGACAUAACGCCAGAAUAAAUAUGCAGUGUCUUGUUACACUUCAACUGACAGCACCUUUCAGAUGUCAGAACAACUGCAGAAUUACUCCGACGUUAUGCAACGUUUAUGAAUAAAGCCUGUAACGUUUUGAAAAUUUCAUGUUUUUUAUGAAUUUUGUUUUAACUUUUAGAAAUAUAACA